UGACGCUACGUUGUACCCACAUCUUCAUCGUGAAAUGGAGUUUGUAAUAGUUGCGGAUUCAACAAAUGAGAAGUGAGAUUGGAAUAGGAAUAGGGAGACUAUCCUUAGGGCUCAAAGACUGCUUGUGUUGCUGCAAAAGUCAGAAUUCAUAAUGGCAUUUGUAGUUGUGAAGAACUGUUUCUCUGUUUUAAGAGAAAUGACCAUCAAACAGCAGAAGAGGAAUAUUGAUAUUGUCACAGCAUAAUCUGAUAGAAGACACUACAAAAGAGAUCACUGAUCUUAGAGCUAACAAUUAAAUAUUGACAUGAAACAGAGCACUGGUACAAAGAAGCACAAGAAAUAGCAAGGAGAGUGGGGGAAGAGGUCACCAUGCCCCGUAUCACUGGAAGACAAAUGUACAGGGGUAAUGUGGAAAUGACUACUACCAGUAACUACUAUCAAGUCAAAUACACUGCUAAAUUUGUUGACCACCUGCUCAGUGAAUUCUUGCACCAGGUUAGCAAUGAUAGCCAAAUGGCUGUAAAAUUACUGCAUAUACCACCAAAAAGCUUGGACCAUGUCAUUACCGAAUUGGCUUUCUGGGAAGAUGACCUCAUUCAUCUUGCUCUGUUGAAGAAUGAAGUGUAUGAAUGGUUUAGGCUAUGGAAGGAUCAUGCUGCUAAUAGUCAUAAGCCUCUACCAACUAAUUUGAUUGAUGCUCUCCAACAGUGUGACGCAAGUAUCUUUCCAUGCAUCUAUCAGCUUCUUAUAAUUGGUUGCACUUUGCCCGUUAGCAGCUGUGAGGCUGAAAGAUCCUUCUCUGUUUUAAGACGAAUCAUGAAUUACCUUCGGUCCUCCAUGGAUGAAGGAAAGUUGACAGGACUAGCUCAUAUGUGCAUGUAUAGAGAUGUCAAAAUUGACUCUAAAGAAGUAGUUGAACAUUUUAUUAGACACCAAUCUACCAGAAUGUUUAAGAAUUCAGUUUAUUGAGUUUUAGGUACCAUGAAUCUUGUUUGUUGUGUUAUUAAGUAUUAAGCGAACGUACCUUAAUGUUUUGAUGGAUGGUUAAUUCGCUCUAUUCCAAACUUAUAUGCCAUUAAUUAUCUAAUGGAUAUGCUAGAAAAUUAACCCUAAUGCAGAUUGAAGUGAGUUUGCUGGUUUCGUAGGUCAUCUACAGAUUUAGCUGCUAUGGAGCAUGGCCAUGCAAUGAUACAAAUGGACCCCUCCUUCAAAAAAUUCUGUAUUCGUGCCUGCACACACACACACACACACACA